AUGGACUCGACGCUUCCGAGACAGCGGGACGAAGCGCGAGAAGGAAGGUCUGCGCCAACCUCGCGUCUUCCUUCUCCCCCGCCGUCGCUACCUGCGCGCCCGAAGUCACCGGAAUACUUCCCUCCCACCGGGCAGGGUAUCAGCACGGUGACAGACUCGCCGCGCAGAGGAGGCGAGCGCUCUCCGCGCCGAUGGGAUGACAACCGACGUCGAGACGGUGAUCGGGACCGCGAAUGGCGACCAGAACGAGAUGGCCGCGAUCGUGCCCUUCGUCGAGACAGAGAGGAGCGUGAUCGUGAGCGUGACAGGCGACGAAAUGACCCCGACCGCUACUAUCGCCCUGAUCAGGAUGGAGACCGGGAUCGCGACUAUCGGCGAGCUCGGGACGGAGAGCGUCUUGGCGGCAGAGAGGACCGUUGGGAUCAUGAGCGUGACCGCCCCGAUGACCGUCCUGUGAGGAGAGACCCUCCUCCGCACGUCAUGCCUCCCUUCCGGGGUACACUGAACGAUGAUCGUUCUCGAUCCACGACGCCUCGCCCUUAUCGCUCCGGUCCCAACUCCCCGCACCCUUACGGCGGCCCCGACCUGAAGGCGCGACGUGAAGAGCGCGAACGAGUCGAGUUCUCCAUCUGGCCUCCCUCCCCCGAGCGGCCGUUCGCUGAGCUCGAAGCUGAGCGUAACGAACGCGCGGAGCGAAACGAGCGGCGUGAACGCGAUCGAGACCGUGACCGCGACCGCGACGACCGCAGGUCGAAGAAGAAGAGCCGCAGACGGCGGUACGACUCUGACGAAAGCGAAGACGAGCGUGAGCGUCGACGCCGGCGGAGGAAGGAGAAGGAACGCCGUCGCGAUCGGGACGACGAGGACCGCAGCGAACGGCGACGGGACCGAGACAGGGACGACGAGUGGGAGGAACGUCGCAGCCGCUCACCGAAACGGAGCAGGAGCCGCAGGAGCUCGUCUCGUUCUCGCUCGCGCUCUUUCGCCGUCGACACCCGCGACGUUUCCUCCGCCACCCCCGCUCCUAUCCUCGAGGAGGACGACGGACCUGAAGUCGGCCCUCAGCCGCCGUCCGAGCUGCAGAUCGCCGGCCGCUUCGAGCGCGAAGCUGGCAAGAACCUGCUUCCAGGCGAAGCAGCCGCGAUGCGACAGUACGUCGAGUCUGGGCAACGUAUCCCGCGCCGCGGCGAGAUUGGCCUGGACCAGAACAAGAUCAUGCAGUACGAGGCGUCCGGUUUCGUCAUGUCCGGCUCUCGCAAUGCGCGCAUGAACGCGGUGAGAGUCAGGAAGGAGACGCAGGUCGUCAACGCGCAGGACAAGAUCGACCUGAUGAAGACGAAGAAGGAGGAGGCGGAUCGCAAGGAGGGAGAGAUCAUCAGCCAGUUCCGGGAGAUGGUCGAGGAGAGGCUGAGGGAGGAGGAGAGGAAGAGGAGAGACCGCGCGUAG